UAGUGUGUUAACAUAAAAUGCAAUAUACAAACAAAACAAGAAGGAAUGGGCUUUUCAGUUUAAGGAAAAGAGUCUAAGUUUCAACUAAUCCUUUGGUUGCUUGAAAAAAUAAAGUAUCUGAGUGACAAAUGUUGAUGCAAGUUUCCUAUAACUUAAAACAGCUGUUCACCUUGAGAAGAGAAUGGGCUUUUCUGUCCAAGGAAAAGAGUUCAACUGUACCUCAAAAGUAAUGCCUUAAACAGAAUUCCAUAUCACAAGAUUUUCAUUUUCUAGCUCUAGAAAUGGUUGAGAAUGUCAUUCUAUAACACAUGAAUAGUAACUUCAGUUCUUCUAAAAAAGGAGAUGUGACAUACAUGACACAUGACAUGUUACUUAUUAGGAAAUAGAGAUGCGAUACGUGUUUCACUAAUGAACUCCUGAAAUACAACGAUUCACAUACAGAGUAAUCCGUAUAUCUUGUGUUCAUCCUAAUUGUAGGGACUAUUUAUGGAAUUUAUUCAAAACUCAAAUAAAGUAAAGAAGAGAACAAUUUCAACCAUAUUUUUAUAGUUUACAUUUCAAGAUGUGAGCAAUAACAUCUCAAAAUAGACCAUCAAUGGUAUUUUAGAUGCCUAGCUAAAAUAUAGCUUAUCGCUCGGAGUUGAUAAAUGCUACAACAUCAUCUUUAAACUCUAAUCUUUAUUUUUUAGCUUUCCGGUUGGCAGUUGGAUACCGCUCGGAGUUGACCAAAUAUAGUUUUUUCCAAGUGUUCUUAGGUUCUUCAUUGUUUCAAGCCAAUAUGAAAGAAGGGUGUCCCAAACGACCUCCCAAUGACAUAGUUGACGAUUUGGAACCUUUGUGCAUGGAACCUAAGGUUGGAAUGGCGUUUCACAAUUAUGAUUCACUAUACCGAUUCUAGUACCUUAGUUAUGUUUGUCAAGCCGGGUUUCCUAUUAGAAAAAGAAGCUCAAGAGAAGCAAGUGAUGGGUUGAGGCGUAGUGUGACAAUGACAUGUGGUAGCGAAUGUCAAAGGCGGAGGUGCUCUUAGAAUAGUCUAAAGCCUCAACCACCGGCCCGAAGCCUUGAGGUACUAUGUGGGCCGUUGGCAAGAGUAGGCCGUUGUAGGGGCUUGAUUUGGGCCCUAGCCAAUACUCAGAAUGAGAACUGGAUCUUAUAAAAAAAGGAAAGUCUAACUAUGAUAAUCAAUGUGUGUGUGUGUGAAAUAAAAAAGGAAAGUCUAAUUAUGAUAAUUAAAAUGUUCUUACACCAAAGGUAUACACUAACAUUUUGAUGGUUCACACUACAUAAAGUGUUGGUAUGUUAACUUAAAAUUUACACUGACACAAAGUGUUGGUGCGUUAAAAAAAAUUAAUAUUAUACCAACACAAAAUGUUGGUGCACACUUGCGGUGUACAAGUGGAGUACAAAUUCUUAGGGUCAAAAUGUCCUCUUCCCUAGUUCGAAGCCACCUCCGCCGCCUCUGUACCGCCGCCGCCGCCACCAAACUUGCCGGGAAGCUGUCCAUCUCAAAAGCAAAAAACAAGCUUAAACACGAACGUGAUCCGGACGUGGCAGUGCAGAUAUACAAAUCCUUCACUUCUUCAAAUCACCUUUCGACUUCCCACGCCUCCGUCCGAUACGCUCAAGAAUCCACCGUCCGCCGCCUCGCGAAGUUCCACCGGUUUUCCGACAUCGAGUGUUUCCUCGAGUCGCACAAAUCCGAUCCCCAGAUCAAACAGGAACCAUUCCUCUCCUCCCUCAUCCGGUGCUAUGGGCUUGCGGGAAUGCUCGCGAAUGCACACAAACUGUUCGAUGAAAUGUCUGAGCUGGGCACUCCACGCACUUCCCUCUCUUUCAAUGCCCUGCUCAAUGCUUGUAUAUCUUCCAAGCUAUCGGAACGUGUCCCGGAGUACUUCAAGGAGAUCCCAGCUAAAUACAAGGUUUCUCCUGAUAAAUUUUCGUACGGGAUAUUGAUCAAGGCUUAUUGCGAGAUGGGUUCGCUAGAAAUGGCUAUGAAAAAGUUAAGGGAGAUGGAGGAGAAGGGCAUUGAGGUUACGCCAAUCGCUUGUACCACGAUUUUACACGGGCUGUACAAGAAACAGAGGAACGACGAGGCAGAGAAGUUCUGGAAUGAGGUGAUGAAGAAAAAUGGCAGCUUUGCUGAUGUUGGGGCGUAUAACGUGAGGCUAAUGCACAUUCAUGAAGGAGAUGUGGAGAUGGUUGAGGCAUUGAUUGAAGAAAUGCUUGAUGCCGGUGUCAAACCAGAUGCCAUUAGUUACAACUACUUGAUCACUUGCUACUGUAAGAAAGGGAUGAUGGACGAGGCAAAGAAGGUGUACGAUGCAUUGGGGUCUAAGCGAUGCACUCCAAACACGGCUAUUUUCAAGACUUUGUUGUUUUACUUGUGCAAACAAGGGCGGUACGCGACAGGAUAUAAGGUGUUCAAGACCAGUGUGAAGUUGCACAAGAUCCCGGACAUUGAUACGCUGAAGUGUUUGGUGGAAGGGCUGGCAAAGGAUGGUCGCAAAGUUGAGGUGAAAGCAAUGACCAGAACAUUGAAUAAGAAGUUGUCUCCUUCUCUUUUGAAGGACUGGGGGAAGUUCAUUGAGGAUCUUGGCUUUGCACCUAUGAAACCCAAGGAGUUUGAUUCUGGUGCCAAAGAAGCAGCCGCUAGGCCCUGAGCACUAUUUGGGGGAAUACAAGGAUAUAGGGCUUGUUUGGGUAGCGGUAGAGAUUAGCGUUAGCGUUUUGGAUAAAAUUUUAAUGGUGCAGAUUACUUUGAAAAUGCUGACGCUAAACGCUGCUCGUAGAUAGCUUUUUCAAAGUGCUAGCGCUAAUCUCUAACACUAUUUCCAAACAACCCUAUAAAUGAUUCCCAGAACCAUAUGUCCAUCGAGUUGUUCGAAAAUCUCAAAUCUUCCGCGUCUCAAAGAUUCAGGUUUUGCACACGGACAAUGACUAGUGGUACUCUAAGACAUAGCGGUGUCAAAC